GUCACCGAUCUGCUGGGCACUUGCUCCGUCAGCCCCUUCGUCCUGGCUUCCUAUCACCGCAACCGUACGCUGACCGCCCUGGCCCAAGGAGGACACAUCUGCCUCUACUUCGGCUUCGCCAUGAGCUUCUUCGGCCUCGCCACCAUGCUCAUCCUCUUCGCCAUGGCGUUGGAGCGGUGCCUGGCCCUGGGGCAGCCUUACUUCUAUGAGCGCUUUCUCAGCGCCCGCACGGGUUUGGUUGCCCUGCCGGCCAUCUACACCUUCUCCGCGGCCUUCUGCUCCUUACCACUGGUGGGCUUCGGGCGGUACGUGCAGUAUUGCCCUGGCACCUGGUGCUUCAUCCAGAUGCACCUGGACUACCUCCGGCACAACGGUGGCAGGGAGGCGUCUGAGUUGGACGUCACCUUCUCGCUUCUCUACGCCACCCUGCUCCUCUUCCUCAUCCUCUCCGUGCUGCUCUGCAACCUCAGCGUCAUCACCAACCUGGCCCGCAUGCACCGCCGUGGGCAGAAGACUUUUUGCCAGCCCGGGGCGGCCAGUGGCUGCGGCCGGCACAUGUUCUCCAUGGCCGAGGAGAUUGACCAUCUCCUUCUUCUCUCCAUCAUGACCAUCACCUUUGUCAUCUGCUCCCUGCCAUUCACGAUCCGCGCCUACGUGAACAAGUUCAGCGAGGCAGAGGACAACCACGACUGGGACCUCCUCGCCCUGAGGUUUCUCUCGAUUAAUUCCAUCGUUGACCCUUGGGUCUUCGCCAUCCUGAGGCCUCCGGUGCUGCGGUUCCUGCGCUCCGUGCUCUGCUGCCAGGUUUCCCUCACACGCCAGGACAGACGGACUCCGAUCCCUGCAAAGACAAAGCUGCCAGCUCGGCCGGACCCCUGUGGGCAGUAG